AUGAACGUCUUCGCCAUCGGAGCCUCGCGCAACAUCGGCUACUUCGCCGCACUCAGACUGCUCGCCCAAGGGGCCACAGUGACCUUUUUCCUCCGCUCGCCCUCGGUGUUUGACCAGGAUAAGGCAAUCCAAGAGUUCGUGUCCUCUGGGAAGGCGCGCCUCGUCAAGGGCGACGCGUUGAAUGCAGAUGACGUUCGCCGAGGCUGGGAAACGGCCCAGAACGGAGGCACCGACCGCGUCGACCUCCUCCUCUUCACAGUCGGGGGCACUCCCUCCUUCAGCAUCACACGCGGAAUCGCCAUCUCCCCACGCAACCUCUGCACCCAAUCCCUGCUCAACGUCCUCAGCACGCUCCCCGCCUCCCUCCGCGCCCCCGCCUCCCAGCCCCGCAUCGUGAUCCUCUCCUCCAUCGGCCUCUCGCGCGCAUCGCACGCCGCGCUCCCGCUCCUGCUCAAGCCGCUCUACGGCUACCUCCUCCGCGGCCCGCACGCGGACAAGCUCGCGAUGGAGCGCGUCGUCGCGUACUGUGCGUGGCGCACGUGGGACGGCGACGAGGACGAGCUCGAGGAGGGGAUUUUGCCGGAGGGGUGGAGGGAGAUGGAGGGUUUGCCUGCGGAGGGGAUGUUGGAGCAUGUCGUGGUGGUUAGGCCGGCAUUAUUGACUGAUGGGGAGUGUAGGGCGGAAACUGCGGGGACGGAGCCACCGUAUAGGGUGGCUGAUCACGAUUUGGGAGAUGGAUAUAGGGUGUCCAGGAAGGACGUUGCACACUUUAUCGUGGAAGGUCUCCUGACGGAUUGGCAGCAAUGGGAAGGCAAAUGCUUGAGCAUUGCUUACUGA